AUGAACACCUCCCAGGAGGACGGCCUCUGCUUCUCCGAGGACUACAAGCAGAUCUAUCUCCCUCUGACCUACAGCGUCAUCUUCCUGCUGGCGCUCCCCCUGAACGGCGCUGUCUUGUGGCUCUCUUGGCGCCAAAGCAAGCGCUGGAGCUGUGCCACCAUCUACCUGGUGAACCUGAUGGUGGCCGACCUGCUCUAUGUCUUCACCCUGCCCUUCCUCAUUGUCGCCUACUCCCUGGGUGACUGGUGGCCCUUCGGGGACCUGCUCUGCCGGCUGGUGCGCUUCCUGUUCUACACCAACCUCUACGGCAGCAUCCUGCUACUGACCUGCAUCUCGGUGCACCGCUUCCUGGGAGUGUGCCACCCGCUGCGCUCACUGCCCUACCGGACCCGGCAGCUCGCCCUGCUGGGCGCGGCCACCACGUGGGCGCUGGUGGUCGUGCAGCUGCUGCCCACCCUGGCCUUCUCCCACACGGACUACGUGGACGGCCAGAUGGUCUGCUACGACAUGACCAGCCCGGCUCUCUUCGAUAGCUUUUUUGUGUAUGGGAUGGUGCUGACGGUGUCCGGUUUCGUCCUUCCCUCCGUGGUCAUCCUGCUCUGCUACUGGAGGAUGGUCAGGAGCCUCAGCAAGCCCCAGGAGGGCCUGGCGAGGACGGGCAGCGGGGCCCGGGCCAAGUCGGUCCGCACCAUCUUGCUGGUGUGCACCCUCUUCACACUCUGCUUCGUGCCCUUCCACGUGGCUCGCUCCAUCUACCUGGUGGUGCGGUUCCUGCCCUCGCAGGACUGCCGGCUCCUGAUGGGCGCCAGCCUGGCCUACAAGCUGUGGAGGCCCCUGGUGAGCGCCAACAGCUGCGUCAACCCUGUCCUGUACUUCCUGUGCCGCGGGGCCAACCGAGGAAGGCUUUUCCAGGAGCUGAGAAAUAACAAGGUGGGUGAGCCACAGGCAGGAGCCACGGGGGCCACGGCCACGGACGGGCGGCUCUGGGUGGUGUCCCCAGGAGGCUGGAGGGAGCGCGGAGCAAAGACACUGACAAUGACCCCUAAGUGUCCAGUCCUAUUCUGGGGGAGAGCGUCUCACGACCUCCCAGAAGCGCCCUACUAA